CGUCUACGUAUGACGCGACCCGGAAGUGGAAGGAGACCUGUAGAAAAUGUUGACGUUCAGUUUAACCCUCGUGCGACAUGGAGAGACGCACUACAACAGAGAAAAGCUGCUGCAAGGUCAGGGAGUGGACACGGCUCUGUCAGAGACGGGUUUGCAGCAGGGGGAAGCGGUGGGACGGUACCUCAAAGACACCACAUUCGACAAAGUAUUUGUCAGUAACCUCCAACGGGCUGUCCAGACAGCUGAAAUAAUUUUGAGGAGCAACACUCACUGCUCUGGCAUGGAGAUGGUUUUCGAGCCGUUACUCAGAGAACGGGGUUUUGGCAUUGCUGAAGGGCGUCAUAAAGAGGACCUGAAGAACAUGGCAAAUGCUGCCGGUCAGUCUUGUCGUGACUACACACCACCAGGAGGAGAGACUUUAGAUGAGGUGAAGCUGAGAUUCAAAACAUUUCUCAAAGUCCUCUUCAAAAAAAUGCUGGAAGAGCACAGCUCCUCUGAUCCGGAUACCUCCGCCGGGGCAGCAGCUGGACAGUCGGCAGCUGCAGCUUCCCAAACCUCCGCAGGAAGCUCAGCAGACGACGGCCUGCAGGGAGUGUCGGUGCACGCGCUGGUCGUGAGCCACGGUGCCUACAUCCGCGUGGCCAUCAGGCACCUGGUGGAGGACCUGGAGUGCACCGUACCUGCAGGUGAGAAGGUGUCGCAGCUGUUCUCACCGUGUCCCAACACGGGCGUCAGCCGCUUCAUUCUCACUCUGAGCCCGUCCGAGUCCGGGCCGGUGCUGUCUGCUGCUCGCUGCGUUUUCACCAACAGAAAGGAACACCUGGAAAACCUCACAGAUGCUGAAUAAAGCAAAACGAAUGAAUCAAAGCUUGAUGUGUUCACAGGUGUGCACAGUUUAAGGACGAUAGAAUCAUGAACCCUAAAGGGAAACAAAAGUCGGAGACCUCCGCGGGGCCACAGAGUAAAUGGUGUUUGAUAAUCAGCAUGUUUAACAGUGGAUUGUAACCAAAAUCAUUGUGCACUACUGUAUUACUAUUCCUCCGGAUGCUUUUAAUUGGUAAUGAAAUUACCACUUUUUAAUCAUGUAAUGGUUGAAAGUAUUUCAUGUCACUGAACACUGUAGGGAGCAUUUCAGCUCGCCUGGUUUGCAGUUGGGUUGCUCAUUUUACUUGUGCAAUAUAUCAAGAAGCACUGAUACCUUAUUUCUUUUUAAGUAGAAGUUGUAUACGGUUAUAAAUAAUGGAAUAUAAAAACAGGUUGCACAUAGUAGAACUUGUGAUUUAUAUGGAUGUGUAUUUCUUGCAAGGUGCUCUGCAUAUUCAUUUGCUUGUAUUUAUUUUUGAAAGAGACACAUGCAAACCAACAUAACUACUGUAACUUAAAGACAAUGUGAUACGUUUAUACCACCAAGAUUAAAUCUGUAAGCUUGCAACUUGCAUUUGAACACACUGAUGUUUUACUACAUGACGAUCUUAUCACAGAAAACUGCUGGAAAACACCAGUUUCAUAUUAUUGCUUUCAGAAAGCAUCUGUCUGACUUCAUACCGCCCAUGUACUGCAUGUUAGGCUCAUUUCUAGUAUUUACCUUUUUGCUAUUUAAUCGAAAUAAUCUUGCUGAUUUUUCUCUUACAGCAAACAAGUGUUAUAAGAAAUCCAAAAAGCUUUGUUCCUCCUGUUAAAAGCCUCGAAGAGUUGAAAAGAGAUCAUUGUAGUAUCAAAUAAGAAUUUGACUACAUGUCUUAAAAUCCCACUGAUAGUAAUAAAUCGCUGAGCAAAAUUAUGUUUUAAACAUUUUAAUUCUGUAAUUCUAUGUGCCUGUAUAAUAAUGUUUAAUCCUACUCAAAAGAAAUAUUUUAUUUUCCCUAAAAAUGAGCUUUUCAGCCAACUUGAACCAAUUUAAUCAUCUAAAAAAAUGAAAUUGACACUUCCAUGUGUCUUUUAGAACGAUAUGACUUGAAAUAUUGUAUUUAUAGUUGAGCUGCAUGCACAAAACAACACGCAAACAUAGACAUAUUUGCUUUUAUUAGUUUAUUUUGUUCCAAGUUCAAGCAACGCUCCUCCCACGACACCUCCGGCUUAUACAUUCAGAGUAAACCAAUGUUUUUGUGUAUGUACAUUUCAACUAAAGCUUUCUUAUAAAUACCAUAAAUAACAAUAAAGGAAUGGAUUUAAAU